AUGCAGCUGGAGAUGGGGUUCGACUUCCCCUUUUACACGAGGAACCAGGCGUCGCACACGACGAGCACGACAUACCUUUUGCCGCCGGGGCUGAUUUCUGUCUUUUCCCCGACGCAGCAGUGCGGCCCCAUUUGGAACGUGUGCCCCGACGGCAACUAUACCUUUGCCGUCAUGCCGUUCGUCACGGCGGGGCUGUGGGGGCCCGGGACGUCCGUCACGUACGUGCGCCUCCCUGAGCGCACCGGAGGGGGCGUGCUGUGCGAGCAGCCGCGGUGUCCCCCGGGGCUGGUGGUGGAGGUGGCCAACACGUUCCUCCUUUGCGUCGUUCGCGCGCUCCCCGACGUACCAGGUCUACCUGGACGCGAGCGGUGCGGUGGAGUUUCGCUACAGCUCGCCGGUAGCGGCGAGGAUGGCGAGCGGCCCCGUGUUGGACUUCUUUGGGUUCCCACCGCCGUUUGUUGGCCUCUUCCGGUACCGCGUGGAGGAUGCGGCCAGCGUCAUUGUGCCGCCGUCGCUGCUUCGGAACGGCACGCGGAUCCGCUUUGA